AGUCCGCCGCAAACGAUCGUGGGGGUAGCGUUGUUAUUAUUAAAAUUCUAACAGCGCCGGACACAACGUAGCCGGUUAUUUAUUUCUUGUCUAGAUUAGCUAUUUGUUAAAAAGUGUAAGUAAAAAAGGAUUGUGUCAGUAAGAUUAAUAGCGGGUUAGACUUUAAUAAAAGUGGUUAAGUGUUUCGCUACCAGCGACUGCAAUUCUUUGGUGUGUUUACUGAGAGGUCAAAAUGAACGGUAUGAACGGACACAGCAACGGCGAGAUGAACGGCGCUGGGGACAUCAUCACACAGAACCAGCAGCGCGGCUGGUGGACCAUCGGGCUCAUCAACUCGCGUUACCGCUACCUCACCGCGGAGACAUUCGGCUUUAAAAUCAACGCGAACGGUACCAGCCUGAAGAAGAAACAAAUAUGGACCCUUGAGCCCGCAUCCGGAAACGCCAAUGACAGCAUGAUCUACUUGCGCUCUCACUUGGACAAGUACUUGGCGGUAGACUCGUUCGGCAACGUCACCUGCGAGUCCGAGGAGAAGGAGGCCGGCAGCAAGUUCCACAUCAGCGUUUCUGAAGACGGCACCGGGCGAUGGGCUCUGCGCAACGUGGAGCGUGGGUACUUCCUGGGCUCCAGCUCGGACAAGCUCACCUGCACCGCCAAGGUGCCAGGCGACGCGGAGCUGUGGCACGUGCACCUUGCCGCUAGACCACAGGUUAACCUUCGUUCGAUCGGCCGCAAACGCUUCGCCCACCUCUCGGAGUCAUUGGACGAGAUCCAUGUGGACGCCAACGUGCCGUGGGGCGAGGACACGCUGUUCACGCUGGAGUUCCGAGCAGAUGAAGGCGGAAAAUACGCCUUGCAUACGUGCAACAACAAGUACCUCAGCGCCGGCGGAAAGUUGCUGGACACUUGCACGUCGGAGUGUCUCUUUAGUGCGGAGUACCACUCCGGUGCGUUGGCCUUACGGGACGCCAGCGGUGCGUAUCUCGCGCCCAUCGGUUCCAAAGCCGUACUGAAGACGCGCUCCACCAACGUUACUCGCGACGAGCUCUUCUCGCUGGAGGACAGCUUGCCGCAAGCCGCCUUUGUCGCUGCACUUAAUGACAAAUACGUCUCCGUCAAACAGGGUGUGGACGUGACGGCAAACCAGGACGAGAUCUCGUCCCACGAGACAUUCCAGCUGGAGUUCGAUUGGGGCACGCGGCGCUGGUACAUCCGCACAAUGCAGGAUCGCUACUGGACCCUCGAGGUCGGCGGCGGAAUCCAAGCCAGCGGGGACAACAAGUCUUCCAACGCUCUGUUCGAGCUGGAGUGGCAGGGCUCUGGUGCGGUAGCCUUCCGCGCCAACAACGGCAAGUACGUCACCACCAAGCGCUCCGGACACUUGUACGCGAACGCGGACGCCGUCGACGACAACUGCAAAUACUACUUCUAUCUCAUCAACAGGCCGAUCCUAGUAUUGAAAUGUGAACAGGGCUUCGUCGGCUCAAAGGGCGUGAAGCUCGAGUGCAAUAAGGCCAACUAUGAGACCAUCCAGGUCAUCCGUGGUCCCAAGGGCGAAGUUUACUUCAAGGGUCAGAACGGGCUGUACUGGCACGCGGACGGCGAGGGCGUGUCGUGCGACGCCGAGCAGCCGCAGGGCUUCCACCUCGAGCUGCGCGAGCCCACGCGCCUGGCAGUGCGCGCCGCCGCCACCGGCGCCUACCUCGCCGCGCACAAGAACGGCGCCUUCCGCCUCGCCGCGCCCGACCUCGCCUCCGCCACGCUCUGGGAGUACUAACUGCACACACACACACACACCGGUACCUCCCCUCCACACCUGCAGCGCUCACCCGCUCCAUAAACAAUAGCUAGUUACUUUACUUGAAACGCUUUUGUUUAUCGUCUGGAAAUAAACAUUCGUAACUAGUUGUGAAGCCAAUUCAAUAACAUAACUUUCAUAUUAUCGGAAAAUACUUAUGUGAUCAUCGAAUAAAAAUAAUUAAAUUAUAAUUUGUAAAAUGAAACUUCUUUACAAUCUAUAGGAUUAAGCCUGCGAGAAAAUGAGACAAAAAACAAGUAUGCAGUGUUUAUAAUAAAUUUAUUUAUAUUUUAAUUACAUAAACCCAACAAUUAUUCUACUCAUGAUAUGAUACUCUGCAUUCGUCUCAUUUUCUGAAGGUUACACGCCUACCGCGUGUGAACUGGCACACUUUCUCACUGAAUAUAUUGUUUAAAUAAAUUACAAUCAAAAUUCCAAUAUUUUGUCCAACUUGAAAUUUCCAAUUCACAUAAUUUCAUUGCAGCCAUGGGUACUGGUGGAAACAACUGUCAAAAUAACUAAUUUUCAGUAUCUUUAUAUUUAGAUUAUUUCUCCGAUAGGGUACUUUAUCGUUUGACGAUAGCGCACCAAAGGCAACAUAAACCUUACCUCCGCGCCAAUUUUACAUCGAGCAAUUUCAACCUUUAAAGUAUCCUUAGCAAAUUUAAAAAUGACUUUCAAUAUUUUUAAUGUAUUUACAUGAGAAAUACGUCUAAAUAGUGACACGAAACAACUCAACUUACUUCAAACUUACCCAAUACUCAUCCAUUGCAAUUGUUGCUUAAACUAUAAAUUAUUAAAAAAAAUCGGGCGUGGAACUUAAUUAUAACAUAUUUCCUAUUGAAUGAUGUGAACUAGGACGGACGGGCGUGCUUCCAAUUGACGCCAUUCAUAACUGCCAUUUCAUGUCGCGUCGACAAAAUGGCGGAACGAACGACCCAAACGGCUGAUUCUGCAAAGAAUCCGCUGCAAAUGGUUUUUUUUAAAUGUCAAAAGCGGAAUGUCGGUCAAUGCAUGAAAGCAUUGACUUAUUACACAUUUCAUGUAAAAAAAAAAUAUAGUUUUUGUGAGUCAAUGGAAGCCGACGUCCGAUUUUGCAUUUAGUACGGUUAAGGUGUGUAUCGCGACACGUGCGCGAAUGUGAUCAUAUGAAAAUAUCGCUUCUCGUAAUUAUUAUAGUAAUCGUAGAUUUUUUUUUAAUAUUGGUAGAUCUGCCGACACGAAUGCUUGUUAUGAUUGUUUUUAUAUAUAUUAUAUAAACGAGGAGACUAACUAUUGCUCGUAUUAUUUAUUCGAUAUCGACGUGCAACGCAUGCGUUGGUUAAAAUUGACAAAAACACUCGAACGCAGCGACGUCGAUAUAAUUGUGGGUUAGUGAAAACACCGUGAGACUGAUACCAACAAAUCUAACAACACACUAUUCCGUCAACUAUUUCGUCUUAAGAAAACAAAAAAUAUAUCGAAUUUUGAAUAAUAUCCUUUGUAAAUUUGAUGUAAAUUUUACAAUUAACUUUUUGGGAUUUUUUUUAACCUUUGAAGUAAAGUUUGCGAUCCAAAGUGAAAUGGGGUCAUAGCAAUACCAGCCGUGUGUAGAACUCUCAACCGACGUCUGAAUAAAGAGCGAAUGAAAAUUUUUAUAUUAUUCAUCGACUUAAGCUGGUUAGAGUUCAGAUCGCGCUCUGACUCGGAAUUGCCGCGACUUAUUUAUUUAUUUAAAAACAAAGACUGGGCCUUGUACUUAGAAUAAGUGGAAAUAAAACAAAACAGAUUUAUUGUUAAAUCCUAAAAAUAUUCAUUGGUAAUUGAUUUAAGAAAUAUGGACUAAUGAAUGGAUAAUACAAUCAGGCGAUACUUUAAUCUUUACCCCGAAACAGACACAAUAGUCAAACAAUCGAAAUGUUCAUAUAUGAUUCAGUUAGCGAAGAUCCUCUAGCUAUGUCGCUUAACAUAUCAAAUUUGAGAUUUACAAAAUUUCAACAAGUAACCGUGUCAGCAUAAAGCAUGUAAGUCCAUAUUUUUUAAAUCGUAACUUCAUAGCGACAACUCUUACGUUUAAUAGUAAUUCCAAGCAGAGAGCGAACUGUCGCUCGACACUCGCUGUACGCACGAGUCUGGCUCGAACUGAACGUAGCUAGUUAAGUAAGUGUAAGGCGAGGUCUAGGCCUCGGAGAAGUCUUUUUACAAUAAUGAACAAAUAACGUUUAUUAAGUAUUUGUACUGCGAAUUAUGUGCUGAUCCUAAAAUUUAAUGUUUGUACGAUAAUGUCUUUGUAAACUAUUAAUGAAUAAAUUAUAAUCAUAUUGUAU